AUGGAGGAUAAUAAAGUAGUGGUGAAAUCGUCAUCAAGAUUUAAAAGGGUUUGUGUGUUUUGUGGCAGCAGUACCGGGAAAAGAGACUGUUAUCGUGACGCUGCUCUUGAACUUGGCCAAGAACUGGUCUCGAGGAGUUUGGAUCUUGUUUAUGGUGGAGGAAGUGUUGGAUUAAUGGGGUUAGUGUCCCAGGAGGUUCAUCGUGGCGGAGGACAUGUAAUAGGGGUCAUCCCUAAAACUCUGAUGAGCAAAGAGCUAACAGGAGAAACGGUAGGGGAGGUCAGGCCAGUAGCAGACAUGCAUCAGAGAAAAGCUGAGAUGGCCCGCCAUUCUGACUGUUUUAUUGCCUUACCAGGUGGGUAUGGAACUUUGGAGGAGUUAUUGGAAGUCAUUACGUGGGCCCAGCUUGGCAUUCACGACAAGCCUGUGGGUUUGCUUAACGUGGAUGGCUACUACGAUUACCUGCUGACUUUUAUAGACAAGGCUGUGGAAGAUGGGUUCAUCAUGCCAUCUCAGCGUAGUAUUAUUGUCUCUGCCCCAGAUGCUAAAGAGCUUGUCCAGAAACUUGAGGAAUACGUGCCUGUGCAUGAUGGAGUUGUUGCCAAGGCUAAGUGGGAGGCAGAACAAAUGGAGCUUAAUGCAGCUUUGAGAACUGAAAUUGCUCGUUAA